CGUAGUAGGAUUCGUAACUUCUCUCAGCGAAGAUGGCGGCGUGUAGACGUGUGCAGCGACUGCUGCUGUUGAUGUUCAUCUGCGGCUGGAUUGGUUCUGCUCAUGGAGGCAAAUCGGACACUGAAAACGCCGCAGAUAAUGCCGAAAGAGGUAAAAAUGGAGCGGGAGAGGGGAAAGCAGCGGCGCCGGAUGGGGCCUCCUCGGUACGGCGCGGCGGCGGCUGGAAGCUCGCGGAGGAGGCGGCCUGUCGGGAGGACGUGAGCCGGAUCUGCCCCAAACACUCCUGGAACAACAACCUGGCCGUGCUCGAGUGCUUGCAGGACCGAAAAGACGAGACUGAACUCGCUGCAGACUGCAAUCAUCUGCUGUGGAACUAUAAGCUCAAUCUGACGACUGAUCCAAAGUUUGAGUCUGUCGCCGUUGAGGUGUGCAAGACCACCAUCAGUGGGAUUAAGGAGUGUGCCGCUGAGGAACGUGGGAAGGGUUACCUGGUGUCGUGUUUAGUAGAUCACCGCACCAACAUCUCCGAGUACCAGUGUAACCAGUACAUCACCAAGAUGACCAGCAUCGUCUUCAGCGAUUACCGGCUGAUCUGCGGCUUCAUGGACAAGUGCAAGGACGACAUCAACAAACUGCACUGUGGAAGCGUCAACACUGGAGAGAAGGACAUCCACUCUCAGGGCGAGGUGAUCGCGUGUCUGGAGAAAGGCCUGGUGAGUGAAGCCGAGGAGCAGCCGGCCAUCACCAUCAAAGAGGACUGUAAGAAGUCAAUCAUGCGUGUGGCCGAACUCUCCUCCGAUGACUUCCACCUCGACCGCCAUCUCUACUUCGCCUGUCGGGAAGACCGCGAACGCUACUGCGAAAACACUCCAGCAGGAGAAGGAAAGGUCUACAAAUGUCUGUUCAACCACAAGUUUGAGGAGAGCAUGUCGGACAAAUGCAAGGAUGCUCUUUCCACUCGUCAGAAGCUGAUCGCUCAGGACUACAAGGUCAGCUACUCGCUGGCUAAAGCCUGCAAACCGGACCUGCGGAAAUACCGCUGCAACAUGGACACGGCCAUGCCUCGAGCCAGAGAGGCCAAGCUCUCGUACCUGCUGCUGUGUCUGGAGGCAGCUGUGCACCGAGGUCAAACUGUGAGCAGCGAGUGUCAGGGAGAGAUGCUGGACUACAGGCGCAUGCUGAUGGAAGAUUACUCGCUCAGUCCUGAGAUCGUGCUGCAUUGCAGAGGGGAGAUUGACACGCACUGCUCCGGCCUGCACCACAAGGGUCGAACCCUGCACUGCCUCAUGAGGGUGUCCCGGGACAAGGGCAUCUUGGAAGGCCACUGCCAGAAAGCUCUCCAGACACUGAUACAGGAAACAGACCCCGGGGCCGACUAUCGCAUUGAUCGCGCUCUGAAUGAGGCCUGCGAGUCCGUCAUCCAGACCGCCUGCAAACACAUCCGAAACGGAGACCCCAUGAUCCUGUCUUGUCUGAUGGAGCAUCUGUACACUGAUAAGAUGGUUGAAGACUGUGAACACAGAUUGCUAGAGCUGCAGUACUUCAUCUCCAGAGACUGGAAACUGGACCCUAUCCUGUACAAAAAGUGUCAGAACGAUGCGUCCCGCAUCUGUCACACUCACGGCUGGAACGAGACCAGCGAGUUCAUGCCGCCCGGAGCCGUUUUCUCCUGUCUGUACCGGCACGCUUACCGCACCGAGAUGCAGGGACGACGGGGUUCAUCAGAAACUUCUGAUGUAAGUUCGGACGAGAGGUCGAAUUUAUCUCGGGACUGUAAAACGGAGGUUCAGAGGAUCCUCCACCAGAGGGCCCUGGAUGUGAAACUGGAUCCGGAGCUGCAGCAGCGAUGCAUGACAGACCUCGGGAAGUGGUGCAGUGAGAAGACUGAAGCUGGACAGGAAUUGGAGUGCUUACAGGAUCAUUUAGAUGAACUGGUCACUAGCUGCAGGGAUGUGGUGGGAAACCUCACAGAAUUGGAGUCCGAGGACAUUCAGAUUGAGGCCUUGUUGAUUCGAGCCUGUGAGCCCGUGAUCCAGUCCUACUGUCAUGAGGUGGCCGAUAAUCAGAUAGACACAGGGGACCUGAUGGAGUGUCUCGUUGCCAAUAAGCACCAGAAGGAAAUGAACGAGAAAUGCACCGUUGGAGUCACACACUUCCAGCUGAUCCAGAUGAAGGACUUUCGCUUCUCGUACAAGUUCAAGAUGGCAUGCAAGGAGGACGUGCUCAAACUGUGCCCCAACAUCAAAAAGAAGGUGGAUGUGGUGAUCUGUCUGAGUACCACGGUAAGGAACGACACUUUACAGGAAGGCAAAGAGCAGCGUGUUUCCAUGAAGUGUCGUAAACAGCUCAGAGUGGAAGAACUGGAGAUGUCUGAGGACAUUCGUCUGGAGCCGGAUCUGUAUGAGAGCUGCUGGCAGGACAUCAAGCAGCACUGUCAGAACGUGGUGUUUGGAAACGCUCAGGUGAUCGAGUGUCUGAAGGAAAAAAAGAAGCAGUUGACCCAGCACUGCCAUCAGAAAGUCUUCAAACUGCAGGAGACUGAAAUGAUGGACCCAGAACUCGACUUCCAGCUCAUGAGAGUCUGCAAGCAGAUGAUCAGGCGUUUCUGCAGUGAGACGGAUGCAAAGAACAUGUUACAAUGUCUCAAACAAAACAAGAACAGUGAGCUAAUGGACCCGAAAUGCAAACAAAUGAUUACCAAGAGACAGAUCACCCAGAACACAGACUAUCGUCUGAACCCUGUGCUGAGGAAGGCUUGCAAAGCGGACAUACCGAAGUUCUGCCAGGGCAUUCUGAGCAAUGCCAAAGACGACAACGAGCUGGAGGGGCAGGUCAUCUCCUGCCUCAAACUCAAAUAUGCAGACCAGCGUCUCUCUCCAGACUGCGAGGGCCAGAUCAGUGUCAUUCUGCAGGAGUCCGCUCUGGACUACAGGCUCGACCCGCAGCUGCAGCUCCAGUGCAAUGAUGAGAUCCCGCGGCUCUGUGCGGAGGAAGUAGCGGCGCAGGAGCAGACGGGUCAGGUUGAGGAGUGUCUGAAAAUCAACCUGCUGAAAAUCAGCCAUGAAGGCUGUAAAAAGGAGGUUCUCAACAUACUGAAGGAGAGCAAGGCGGACAUCUUUGUGGAUCCAGUUCUGCACACAGCAUGCGCUCUGGACAUCAAGCACCAGUGUGCUGCGAUCCCACCGGGCCGAGGAAGACAGAUGUCCUGUCUGAUGGAGGCUCUCCAAGAUAAGCGUGUGAGACUCCAGCCGGAGUGUAAGAAGAGAUUACAGGACCGCAUUGACAUGUGGAGUUACGCCGCUAAGGUGGCGCCAGCAGAAGGUUUCUCGGAUCUGGCCGGGCAGGUUUUCACGUCUCCUGCCAAGACCUACAUCCUGAGCAUGCUGGCGAUGUGCGUGGUCCUGCUGUUCCUCAUGGGUCUGCUGUGCGGCCGCAUCACCAAGCGUGUGACGCAGGAGUUGAAGGACAGGUAGAGAGGGGGUGCAGGGCAGGGGAAGCGCCAUUCAGCUCCCCCUGCAGGGCAAAAAGCCCAUCACACCCCACACGCCGUUCUCCGUCCUGGGCCGGGGAAGGACACUGGGGUUGGAAACGCAAACUUGACGGAGGGGGGCGGGUGUUCAGACUCGUGCUGUGUGUGCAUUUUCGUGGUACCACCGACGGCCACAUUGGGACCCAGUUUUAAUUGCUACACACACUCUAUUUUUAUUUUUCCCUGACUGUGCUUGUCCUACAACAUCGCCUGCUUCUCUGAGCAAACCUGCCUGCUGCGCGCUUUCGAAUGCCGACAUCACGGCACGCCACAUGACACCAAUCAGCUUUCUUCAACUAACAUCUCAAAGACUUGGUUUUGCUUUCCAGCUAAAUGUUUUAAUUUAUUGUUGAUGUUUUGGAGUGCGGGAGGUUUGGCUUUUGUUUUCCUUUCGUUUGCAGGGAUGGUGUCGCAAUAUUUGACGUCCAUGUUUUAGGAAACAGCCAGUUGCUGACAAUGUGCGUUUUGACAAAGUUAGAGCGAUUGAACGAAUGUGUGUCUGUGCCUUUUUGCCCAUCCGAGUGAGAGAAUUUGUUUGGUUUGUGUCAGAUUUUAUCAUGGGGCUUCUUGUUGAUUUUUCUUCAUGUCACUGGGAACAUCUUUCUUUGCAGUAAGGGGUUAUAAAUGUGUUUUUCUGUCAUUUGGUUGGUUGAUUUUGUUAAGGGAAGGGGUUCUGCAUCGUUAAAGUCUCACACGUCGCUGCCCGAUGCGUUUGAACUGGUCUUAAUUGAGCCACAAGACUUAGAAAAUGGACGAUAAAUAUCCGAAAUUGCAAAUCUAAGGGCGACUUGAUUCUGGACUGAGUCUGUAUUGACUCUCUGGCCGCAUUGAAACGUCAAGCUGUUUGCCUGCUGUUAUCGAUGCAGUUUAUGACGCUGUGGCUUGGGCGCGUCUCGUCUGAGCUUUGAAUAAGUCGUUCGAUUCGUGUUUUCGUAGUGCCAUAUUAACAAACCGUUCUGUUAGCUUAAAACAUCCGUACAGAAAGUCACAUGUGAACCGAAUUCACGUUUUUGACGAUUCACCCACAUCAGAGAUGUAAUUUUAUUUUACACUGUUAUUCUCUGAAUGCCUUGCUCGUAUAUCAUUGGGUUUCCAGACAUCGUACUGACUGGUUUUAGGGGAAUUAUCGGUUUUAAACACUGUUUUUCGUACACAUUUUUGAAAUAAGCUUCCUUCACAGUCGGUCCAUCUCUUUU